UUCGUCGUCCUGUGGGGAGAGCAGAAAAGUUGUCAGGAAUAGUUGUGUGUGAUUUUUUGCGUUGCAGCAUUUAGAAAUGAUUAGUCUCAAGAGCAGGUGAGGAGAGACACGCUACUUCCCGCUGGUUGUUGUCCAUCCAGAGGCAGGCAGCGCGUAAUUGUGGCGCAAACAUUUUGUCGCCACAAUCUUGUUUUUUCACGAGCGGGAAAAAAACUGACCUGUUUCCCCGCAGGAAGAGUCCGUGGAAGUCGCUUCGUGGAAUCCAUUCGAAGCAAACGUUGAAGAAGCAUCAUCACGUGAUCCUGAGCAGCCGCGUUAUAUCUCGACCCCGCACGGAGUUCAGUAACAGGUGGCUUUCGGCGUGCGCGUCUCACUUUGCAGCUGUCUAGGUGAUAAUGCCGUUUUUAUUUUGGAAACGCUGAAUGAGGCGCACCGGUCAGUCGGCAUACGGACUAAAGGGGUGAAAUGAAGGCGCACUUGCGUUCAUUUUCUGAUUUUUAAUAGUUAUUUUUUUGCUCAAGUGGACUGCGGCUGUUAACGGAAGGUUUCGAGCGGGCCAGCAGCUCUCUGCUCCUCAAUGAUAAGCUCCGUGUGCGUCUCGUCUUACCGGGGGCGCAAGUCGGGCAACAAACCUCCGUCUAAAACAUACCUGAAGGAGGACAUGUGCAGAGGGGAAGAGUCGGACAAGAUAACCAUCAACGUGGGCGGAACGCGACAUGAGACCUACAAGAGCACCCUGAGGACCUUGCCCGGCACGCGCCUGGCGUGGCUGGCGGACCCGGACCCGCAGGUCGGCUCCGACUCGGACGCCGCGCCGCCGCGAAGUCCCGAGUUGUUCUUCGACAGACACCCGGGCAUCUUCGCCUACGUGCUCAACUACUACCGGACCGGCAAGCUGCACUGCCCGGCCGACGUCUGCGGCCCGCUGUUCGAGGAGGAGCUGGCGUACUGGGGCAUUGACGAGACCGACGUGGAGCCGUGCUGCUGGAUGACCUACCGGCAGCACCGGGACGCGGAGGAGGCCCUGGAGACGUUCGAGCCGCUGGACCAGGAGGCCGAGGACGAGCGGGAGACGGCGAGGCGCUUCGGCAUCGAGGACUGCCCCGACAGGUCGAGGAGCUGCUGCGAAGUUUGGCAGCCGAAGGUCUGGGCUCUGUUUGAGGACCCGUACUCGUCCAGAGCCGCCAGGGGUGUGGCGUUUGCCUCUCUCUUCUUCAUCCUGGUGUCCAUCACCACCUUCUGCAUGGAGACCCACGAAGCCUUCAAUGAACUGACGAACAUGACGGAGCUGGUCAAAGUGGGCAACAUCACGAAGAAAGUGGAGAGGCAGGAGAUGGUUACCAACCCCAUCCUAACCGUGGUGGAGGGCAUCUGCGUGGUGUGGUUCACAUUUGAAUUCCUGGUGCGUAUCGUCUGCUGCCCGCACAAGCUGGUCUUCCUCAAGAACACGCUCAACAUCAUUGACUUUGUAGCCAUUCUGCCGUUCUACCUGGAGAUGGCCAUGAAGGGUAUGUCCUCCAAAGAUCCCCACAACGUGCUGGGUUUCCUCCGCGUGGUGCGGUUCGUUCGGAUCCUCCGGAUCUUCAAGCUGACGCGGCACUUUGUGGGCCUGCGCGUGCUCGGCCACACGCUGAGGGCCAGCGUCAAUGAAUUCCUCCUUCUCAUCAUCUUCUUGGCACUGGGGGUACUCAUCUUCGCCACCAUGAUAUACUAUGCGGAGCGCAUCGGAGCCCAACCCGACGACCCCACGGGGUCCAAUCACACACACUUCAAGAACAUCCCCAUCAGCUUCUGGUGGGCGGUGGUCACCAUGACGACGCUGGGCUACGGAGACAUGUUCCCAAAGACGUGGCUGGGCAUGAUGGUGGGGGCGCUGUGCGCGCUGGCCGGGGUGUUGACCAUCGCCAUGCCGGUCCCGGUCAUCGUCAAUAACUUUGGGAUGUACUACUCGCUGGCCAUGGCCAAACAGAAGCUACCGAAGAAGAAGAAAAAGCACAACCCGAACCCAGACGCUCCGACUGACUCUGUCUCGUUCGGGAAGUCUGAGACAAACUCGCGCAGGGACAGCACUCAGAGUGACACCUGUCCUCUGGCCGCUGAGGGGAGUAUCGGCAAGAACCGCUCAGACUCCAAACAGAACGGGGAUGCAAAUGUGGCCGUUUCAGAGGAGGAAGGCUGCAGCCUGACCCAGCCACUGUCCCCCAGUGAAAAGUGGUCCCUGCGGUGCUCUCGAGGGCGAGACAAAACUAAGAUGGAGUCCACCUGCUUCCUCCUAACCCCUGGAGACCCUAACGUCCAUAGUGAGGCCUGUAAGGACGUCCUCAGUGCCACUGGAAACUACGCUCAGCCAGAGGUUACCACGCUGACCUGAUGCUGAUCUGAUGCUGACCUGAUGCUGAUAGGAGAAAAAGCAGGAGUCCUCGGUGGGUUCCCUGCUGUGCGCAGCUCCUUUUUUGUCCUGGAUGACCUGCGCGGUGGAUUCUCUUUAUUCAAGCAAUUUUCUUCUGUCCGUCAACCCUGUAUUAGAAAGCCAGUUACCCACCCAGUAUUUACCACAUGUACUCUCAUUUGCAUGUUGCAUGUGUUGAAUGAUAUACCAUUACACAAUGUGGUGGCUGCCAUUUAAAACGUUUAGCAUUUACCGGACGCGUCUUAAAGACAAAACCUGUUGAGUUUCUGACAUUAUUGAAAUAGUUUUUUCACAUCACAGAUUUCUGAGGGGUUUUUUUGAGUUUGAAGUGGAUGGGCUCAAUUGCAAAGAUAUGAUCUUACUCACACAUUCCUGAUAAAGUAUGAGUUUUCAGUCAUAUAAUACAUGUUCAAAUUAUGUUCAUUAUUGACCACAAAGGUUGUCGAGGAUGACUUUUCAUGGUUGGCAACAUUUUUCGAUUUCACUUGCGUGGUUUUCCUUCUUUUUUUUUACUCUCACAGUAUGUACAGAAGUGUCAUUUUUUUAGAAAUAUAAAAAAAACUAAAACAUCAUUGUUAUUUGGAUCAAUUUCUGGUGUCUAUAAAUGUUAACUGUCUAGUAAGAACACCCAAACUCUUGUGAAUAUGGGUUUGUACAGCAAAACUGUUACUGUGAACCGGGAUUAGAUGAGAAUUUGAAGUCAUUGUCAACGCAGGACUAGAAUUCUUCGUUGGUCAUCCGGUCUCUGCCUUCUGUUGUGCCACUGCUUUCUAACACCGACCACGGGGACCCAGCGGGUCCCCAGAGUGGUAUGAAUGCUGCUUAGGCAACACAUUAGUUGGAAAUCCUUGUACAAUAAGAGUUUAACAAAAUAAAAUAAUGAAUGGAGCAGUAUUGUUUGUCAUCAGCUGGAUACAAGUAAGGUAUCACUGCUGGUUGAGUCAGGACCAAAUGUACAAUUUAUUAGAAAUAAGGUAGAUUUUUAGUACUGUCAAUCAGAAAAAUAAAUUAUAUAUAUACACACACACACACACACACAGUGUGAUGCCAUCGGGUCUACUUGUGGCUCAUGUAAUGUAAUUUGUACCUCAACACUUCUGGUUGUGUGCUGAACUUGUUUCAGCAGAAGGAGAAGCAGCAGCAGUGGGGUUUCUUUCACUUGUGACUUAUGAUAUAUUCCUCAUGGUCUACCAUAGCGGCCUUAUGUUUAAUAAACAAAGGGAAUGUUCAUUUCAUCUUCACUAGACUCCAGGUGUGUUUCAAUACUGACCCAGAGGUCUGUAAUUAUGUCUAAGCACAGUUGUACGUACGUAUGUAGCACAGUUAAAUAUUCUGGAUCAUUCCUUUAACUCUUUUUCUUUUCUGUAUGCGACAUGUUUAUUCACCAUGAAAUAGAAGGUAACCAAUAAGUAAGCCUUUUUAUUUUUUUAUUAAACUUUCUCGACGUCAUUGCGAGUUUUCCCUGUUAAAACGUGGUGGAGAAGCACACUCUUUCAUAUCACCCCCUUAUUGAUUGUAAAGGUGUGACAGAAUGUAACCCAGUCCACCUGUCAGAUGUGUGCCUGUGAUCUUGUACCCUGUAGGCAUGUGUUUCUAAGCAGAAAUAGAAAUAAAAUCCACCUUUCCGUCUC